GAAUAGGUGGGCGAAUCUUGGACGAGGACCUCAGCAAGCAAGGUAAAGCCGAUGAUGUUAUUGAGCUCGGUGGCCAGUGGCUGCAUGAUACGCACGACGGGGUCCUCACCUUACUGCAGGAACUAGGCUUCGAGCUCUAUCAGCCCGGACAGCAAGCAGGCUGGCAGAAAUUUCCCUGUGGCGGCAACUGCCCGGAGCGAGUUUCCACAAGUGAGGGCUGGGUGAACGCCUCGAGCAUGCAUGGGAAGAUGGUCGUGCCCAUGACGAUGGAAGAGACGUACGCCUUCGAGGAGGCUCUGGCGGCGGUGGCAAAGGACAUCUCGAACACGCCUUGUACAGAGCCAUUGUCCCACCCCAAGGCCAAGCUCUUCGACUCACUCUCCUACGACGCCUACCUCCGUGAGCAUCACAAGCUCGAUGCAUUUCCGAAUGUCUACAGCAAGUUGGCAGACCAAUGCCUGGAAGCGGAAGCCGCGAAGCACGUCUCGGCACUGCACUGUCUUUGGAAGGCAAGUUGCAAUGGCGGGCUGCACACGAAAGGCGUUCAAUAUCGAGUCCGAGGGGGCCCACAGGCCCCCCUACGGCGCCUCGCCGCUCAAAUGCCCCAUGCGGCCCUUCAUCUGGGUGCUGCGGUGUCGGCCAUCGAGCAGAACGAAAAACACACGAAGCUAAAAGUUCUGGUGGCCAAUACAUCUCAGGAAGUCCUUGCAAGGCAUGUUGUUCUGGCCGGGCUUCCGCCGCACCAGAUCUUGGGAAUCCAGUUUGAACCGAAUCUCCCAGAAGAAGUCGUCCAGCUGCUGCAUGGCCUGUCGCUUGGUUCCAUCCGCAAGUAUUCCUUGGUGUACAAGACUCCGUGGUGGCGGGCCAAGGGCUACAGCGGUUCCCUCCGAUAUGUCAACUACUCCUUGCCAUCUUUGGACGCUCAACGGUGCUUUGACAACUCUCCUUAUUCCGGGUCCAAAGGAGUUCUGACCUGCAUGACCACCGGCGACGUGAAUCGGGGCUUACAGUCGCUCUCCAGGGAGGUGCGCUUUGAAACUUUGCAAAGCAUGGUCCGCGAAGCCUUGGGUUCUCCAGAGGAGGAAGAUGGGUUUCCACGAGUGGUGGAAAAAGAUUGGAGCAAAGAUGCCCGCUCUGGUGGAGCAAACGUGUUCUACUCACCUGGAGCUUUCGCAACUUCCUGGCCAGGGACGUCCAAGGUGUUCUUUCACCACCGGCUUGACAACUCGAUUUGGAGUGCUGGCGCAGACUACUCAAGCACGAGCCACGGCUACAUGGACGGAGCUAUACUGAGUGGCCAGGCUGUUGCAAGACUUCUUGUACAGAAGCUGCGCGCCUCCUGA